UUUCGUGGAGAUGAGAAAAACGACAGUGCAAUAAAAAUUAGUAUUAUUGCACUUCAGAAAUUAAUGACCAUGAGUUCAUAUUUGAUAAACUCAAACUAUAUCGAGCCCUCUUUCCCUCCAUGCGAGGAAUACUCCCAGAACGGCUACAUGACCGCCCCUUCAGAAUACUACGAACCACCAAAAGCGCCGGGGUUUGCUCAUCAGGACGAAGCGCCGUUUCAGCGGACAGACUACCCGGAACCUGGCUACGAAUACAACAAUGCCCAUUCAAACGGACUGGAAGAUUUCCCCGGCCACAUUCACACCCAGCCCGUCCCGCAGAACCAUGAUAUUCGCAUGAUUUCCAACGCUGACGAGGGGACCGUCGCUCCAAAAGACUGCAGCCUCUCCAACGAGACGCUUCCGCCCGCGCAAAAGACUAAAGAGCCCGUGGUCUAUCCGUGGAUGAAGAAGGUGCACGUUUACACGGUUUGCCCGAACUACAACGGAGGACCGCCCAAGAGGUCCCGCACCGCCUACACCCGGCAGCAAGCUCUGGAGCUCGAAAAAGAGUUCCAUUUCAAUCGUUACUUGACCAGACGCCGGCGCGUGGAGAUAGCGCACACGAUGUGCCUGUCCGAGCGUCAGGUCAAGAUAUGGUUUCAGAAUCGCAGAAUGAAGUGGAAGAAAGACCACAAGCUGCCGAACACUAAGAUCCGGUCCAGCAGCUCUUCUUCCGGAAAGCAGCACGUCAAAACACCUCCUCACCAGACUGAACUGCCCCCAACGGCCUGUGCCGCGCGCCUAUAGUUUACAGUUUCCUGAAGAUUGCCGGGCAAGUGGACUGAGAAAGCUUGCGGCGGCUGCGUUUGGAUCAGUUCUAAAUGGAAUUUAAACUCAACAUUCACGCAUUUACUCUGAAAUGAUGGACACCUCUUCCUCCCUCCCAUCCUCCGUCUUUACUGCUUCAUUUCUGUCGCGCUUGUUGCACAGGAUAGCAUGUGAAUGUUUUUUUUUUUUUCCUCUCAUAUAAAAACAACAGAAAAAAACGUGUAAAGACACUGCACGGGCCUGUCUUUUGCGGAUGCCGAAUUGAUAUCAGUGUCUGCGGAAACAUGGAAACUGAGAUGCGUUCUCGAGAAGAGCGUCGCACUGUUGUUCUAGACGUGCGAGUUCGUGUCUCGCUUAGGUGACUGAGUCGUGUAAAUAAAGACAAAUCGAUAGAAACCCAUCUGCAGUAAAAUAUGUGUGUACGUAUUGUAGAUCCCAUGGACGUUUCGCCCUCUACGAGACCCAGUUUGUGCGCGUUUGAGUGUUCGUGAGUGAUGUGAUUAACAUUGUGCGUUGUUGCUAUCAGUGGUAGUUGUUAUGUUGAAUUUGUUGACGAUGUCGUGUAUUCUAGAAUAAACAAGAGCAAAAAUAAAAUGUAUUUAAAGGUGUUCCACUUUGAGCACGAUGUGUUCUUUGGACGUCGGUUAAAUCUCAGCCAGUCAUAGUUCA